GGAAUUUUAGUUAUGCACUCCGCUUUUAAUGUCUGCAAUCGCACCAUUUGUGGUUCUGCGUAAUAAAAUUGUCCCUGACGAGCCAAGUGCGUGCAGUUUGCUCUCACCAUCAACACACUGUAGAUCCAGCAUAAGAUGCUACAAGGCUCAAAUAUCUUGGGUCAUGAGAGGCCCAUGGUCAUCAGGUUGUCCUUCAGCACAUGCGUUUUGGCAACUGUGUGUCUGCCGCUGCUUGGACUGAUAACCUGUGUCUUCAUAUCUUCAGUUUUCCACUUUGAGGACUCCACUGGGACACACUGUCAGGUUCCAAAUUACCUCCCUUCCAUUAGUGCUUCAAUAAGUCUGAGUCCUGAGUGUCAUAUAUGGCGGUUUUGUAUCGGCCUUCACUCUGCACCGAGGCUUCUGGUGGCAUUUACCUACUUCAGGUUGUAUAAGACACGAUUUGCCUCAAAGGUUGCGGAGACAACCCUCAGCUGCCUGAGCCUGGUCUUUUCUCUGUCUGAAAACCUUGGUCUUUUGCUCCUCACUUAUGUGUCAUCCAGUGAGACAUACUUUGUGCAUAAGGAAGGUUUUGUCCUGUUCAUCAUCAGCUCACUUAUCUACAUGCUGAUUACAUGUCACUUAUGGAAAUCUAUAAAGAAGUAUUCAUUCAGUCCAGAGGAUGCCAAGUCUCACCACUGGAAAGUACGUUUCUUAGUUCUCAAUGUAUCCUUCUGUGUUUUUGCUGGUUUCUUUUACUGGAAACACAACAUGUAUUGUGAAUCAGGGAGCUACACAUUUUUUGCCCUCUUUGAGUAUCUGGUGGUCUUCUCCAAUAUGUCCUUUCAUCUCACAGCAGUAUGGGAUUUUAAAAGCAGAGAAGUGAUGGUCAUUUCAGCAUCUGAACACAAAGACUUCUGACUAGAAAUUCAUGGAGUAAAUGCAAACUGUACAGAUUGUCCACUUAGUGAUCCCAGUCCUCAGCCUGUUCAAGAGGGAAAAGGAAAUGGAGACUUUUUCCAUAUAUUUCCAUAACCUUCAAAGAGGAUAACAGAGGAAAUAGGAACAACAAUAGACAAAUGAUUUAUUCUGCUUCACUGUAAAUGUCUCAUGCUUAUAUUCUUUAUUGCCUACACCUACUAAUGGACUGCAAUUCUAUUAUAAGUAUGAGCUAAAAAAGGAAACCAUGUCAGUAUUUACUGUAUUCAUCUGAAACUGCUGCUGUGACAAUGUCCACACUGUGGUAGCAGUUCUGACAACAUGCAUGUUGCAGUGUUCAAAUGAGC